UAUAUAUAUCCUUCAACAAACGUAUGCACAGAAGAAUUCGAAUCUUGAAGAAGACCCAUGUUUUCUCCCCCUCCCUCUCUCUCUUCACCCUUGCACUCUUCAUCAUGAGCAUGAUAUCAAUAUGAUCCGUUUUCCUUUAUUGCUGUGGAGUUGUCAUUUUGUUCUGAUCAUUUCUUUUUGCCGCCAAAAGUAGUAUAAACCAUUACUAUGACUGGAAAGCUAGUUGAAUUCAUGUGGCCUGCAUUAGUGGCUAAUAAGAUACUCAACAAGCGACUCGGAAGCAGCAAUUUUAUAGCAGAUUAUCCAAGUAAUAAUACAGAUAUACCCUUAUUGGGUCACGAUCAGUCAUCUCUGAGCUCCAAAUCCAUUCUUAAUGAUCACAAGGAUACAGACAAAUACAAGAUUUUUGUCAGCACAUGGAACGUGGGUGGGAUUGCCCCAGAUGAAGGACUGAAUAUGGAGGAUUUAUUGGAGACAUCCAACAAUUCCUGUGACAUCUAUGUACUUGGGUUUCAAGAAAUUGUGCCUCUAAAAGCAUCCAAUGUAUUGGGGUAUGAAAACAAUAAGAUCUCUACCAAGUGGAAUUCCAUAAUCGGAAAAGCUCUAAACAAGAGCACACAUCACAGUUUCAGAGAUGAUAAAAAGGAGGAGGAUGUGAAGAACAAUAUUUGUUGCAAUAAUAAGGAAGCUGGAAAUAAUAAUAAUAAUCCAGGUCAGCAGUGUGAAGCCCCACAAGAUUUCGAAUGUAUCAUUAGCAAGCAAAUGGUUGGUAUAUUGAUAUCAGUAUGGGCUAAGAGAGAACUUCGUCCAUUCAUUCAACAUUCAAGUGUCUCACGUGUCGGAUGUGGCAUCAUGGGCUGCUUAGGGAACAAGGGUUCUGUAUCUGUGAGAUUUGUGUUACAUGAAACAAGCUUUUGCUUUGUGUGUUGUCACCUAGCUUCUGGGGGAAGAGAGGGGGAUGAGAAGCAUAGAAACUCUAAUGUUGCUGAAAUAUUUUCAAGGUCAAGCUUUCCUAGAGGUCCUAUGCUUGAUUUGCCAAGAAAGAUUCUUGAUCAUGAGUUGCUUUCCCAACAAAUCAUGAAAACAAGACACGUAAUAUUGCUUGGAGAUUUAAAUUACAGAAUUUCUCUACCGGAAGAAACAACACGUUUAGUUGUUGAAAAUGAAGACUGGGAUUCCCUACUAGAAUAUGAUCAGCUAACGAUGGAGCUAAUGAGGGGAAACAUGUUAAAAGGAUGGCAUGAAGGAGCAAUCAAAUUUGCUCCAACCUACAAGUAUUGUCCAAAUUCAGACAUGUACUAUGGAUGUUGUUACCAAGGCAAAAACGCAGCGAAGAAGCGAGCACCAGCAUGGUGUGACAGAAUUAUAUGGUUUGGCAACGGCUUAAAGCAAAUUCAGUAUGCUAGAUGUGAAUCAAAACUAUCGGAUCAUAGGCCCGUCAAGACAUUAUUUAUAGCACAAGUCAGGGUUUCAUCAGCACUAAAAUGCUUUCAAAGUUUGUUUCUGUCAGAGAGAUUUGAACAAAUUAAAACCCACUUUGGACUUCUCUCCAAUGAUGAGUUUGUAUGUAAAAAGCAAUUAAGUUUCCGGUUGUGAAUCAUUAACUAAUUAAUACUAGUGUUCUUAUAUACAUAGUACUAGUUUGACCUUUGGAAACUAUAGUAGUUAGAGAAGAAAGCAAAUUAAGAGGUGACAGAAUUAGCUCUUUUGCUGAUGAGAGAUACACCGAAGUUGGUUGUUUAUUAAUGUGUUAUCUAUUACACUAUGUUGCUAGUUUUUGAAUUAUCCAAUAGAAUGUGCAAAUAUAUAUGUCAUUGAACAUUAAUAUUAUACAUUUUCUUAUUCUUUAA